UCACUGUUUAAAACAGACAAAAAUCUGUAUAUUCCUCUUUAGGUGCGGAGCUACCAGUCCUUCGGAGGUCGCUCAAGAAUCCCGCGUCUUUUGAAUAUUUCCGUUUGUUGGUUUUCAAAGCCUCGGAGUUGGUGAAAAGGCUCGAAAGCUGGGUCAUCAAGGGAAGUUUCUAAAUGACUAACCAAAUUGAUGCAUCCACGAUGGACAACAAUGAAGUGAGCAAGCAACCGUAUGAAUAUUUUGAAUUCAAUGGAAUCACAUUUUCUUCACCGCUACAUUCACUUGAACUACUUGAGUGGCUGAAAGAUUUUGACAUGGAUCCAGAUAUUCCACUCAUUGUUUCCUAUCCGAAAUCCGGAACUAAUUGGGUGCAGCAGAUGACAAGCCUGAUUCUAGCCAAUGGCAAUAUUGAUUCCGUAAAAGACAAAAUUCUCAAACAUAGAGCUCCGUGGAUAGAAUUUGUUCCAUUCAAACCAGGUUACGUUGACUAUCAGCUGCUGACAACGCACUUAAAUUACCAGAUGGUUCCAAGUUCUGCGAAAAAUAGAAAGAGAAAGAUUAUAUAUGUUGCCAGAAAUCCCAAGGAUGUGAUAGUGUCAUUUUACCACUAUCACAAUUGUCAUCAGUACUUGAAGACACCAAAGGAUUUUUCUGACUUUCUGGAGCAGUUUGUUGAGGGAAAUGGUCUAACGCCUCCUUGCUGUGACCGUCCAUCUUACAGCAUUACAGUCAUGGUUGAAUUAAAUGGAGCUUCUGUGGGUUUAAGUUCUGCUUGGUAACUUGUCAGCAGGACCAUGGUGAACAGCCACUAUGAGCCCAGCAGAGACUGAAACCAGUGAUGUAGGUCAGGCUUUUCUUUCCUAUCGUGGAUAUUCUUCAGUUGCUGUAGUCACUCUUUAUGUUUAUAGGGUACCUACACACAAACAUCUCCAGUACUGGCAAAUUGGUGGAUCAAGGUAGGGAGCACUCGUUUAAAGUCCACUUGUUGAUGUCAAGCUUGAGGGAAAGUCUCAAUGCCCCAAGAGAAUUUAUCUGACCUAUGCAGGAUUUGCUUCUGUCCACACAGUAGUGUGGUGUGGGGAAGUAAUCUUGUUUGUUCGUACAUCACCCUGAUAUUUCAUUUUUGGCAGUUUUCUCCUUGUCUUGGUAGCAGUAGUGGCAGAGACUGACCCUCUGUUGUUUGUGUUGCGUGUCUGCUGGGUAGGGCUCCAUUGAUUCCAGCCCUGCACCCAUUGCCUUACAAGCACUUUAACGAGAAAAUGUCAUUAAAAACUUGUCUUUUUGAAUACUUUUCAAAGCUCACCAUUCAAAGUACCUUGGACUACUAUUAUGUAUCUUGUAGAUUGUGGCAGCAGUCACAAUAUCACUGUAAUGGUAUUGGAGGUACUGAAUGUUUAAUGUUGUCGUUGUGGUACCACUUGAGUAGGCUACUCUGUUCUGGAUGGCAUGGCGCUGUGUUGUUGGAGCUGCAAUCAUUCAGGCAAGUGGCAAGUAUUCCAUCAGCUGACUUGUGCCUUUGCAGAUGUUGGCCAGGUUUUGAGGUCUCUGUACAAGUUAGUGCCACAGAAUUUCCAGCCUCUGACCACCUCAUUUAUCAAACUACUUUUGUCUGGUUCAGUAUCUGAUCAAUAAUGACCCCCAGGAUGUUGAAAGGAGAGGAAUGCCUCAAAGGGAUUAGAUUCUCUCUUGUUGAAGAUGGUUGUUGUCUGGCACCAACAUGGCACAGAUGGUACUUGCCAUUAUUAACCUAAGCUUGUGUCCUUUCCAGGUCUUGCUGCUUAAGGACAUGGGCUGCUUCACUAUCUGAGGAGUCACAAAUAGUGCCAAAUAUUGUGCACUCAUCACAUUCCUGCUUCUAACUUUCAUUAUAGAGUAAGGUCAUUGAUGAAGUAGCAGAAUGUUGUUGGGCCUAGAACAACCGAGAGGAACACUUGUGGCACAGCUUUGGAACUGAGAUGACUAGCCUUCAGCAACCACAACUAUCUUUCUUUGUACUAGCUAUGAUUCCAACCAGUGGAGCUUUCUCCGAUUCCAUUUAACUUCAGUUUUACUGGGGAAUCUUGAUGUCACAGUCAAAUACUGCAUUGAUGUCAAUCCUCGAACCCCAUUGCUGGAAUUAGCUCUUCUGUCCAUGUUUGGACCAAUACUGUAAUGAAACCUGGAAGCUGAAUGGAACCCAAACUGGAUGUAAAUGAGUAGACUAUUGCUUAAUAUUGCCACUUGAUUGCACUGCCAAAAACCUUUUCCAUUACUUAGGCGAUUAAGGGGAGACUGUGGCGGGAUUUGUAGUUUUUUGUUUUGGAGAGUACACACCUGGACAAUUUCCACCUUGCUGUUUAGAUGCCAGUGUUGUAGCUGUACUGGGGCAUUUAUGCCGAUGGUCUCAGUGUCUCAUGACUCUCCCAGUUUUGAGACCUUAGAUCCACUCAAAAUCAGUUCCAUUUGGUACUAUGGUAAUGAUACACAACACGACAAAUGAUUUCCUCAGUGUGAACAUGGGGAUUUGUUUUCAACAAGUUCUGUGUGGUUGUCACUUCUACCAGUAUUAUCAAGGACAGCUGCAUUCUCAACAGAUACAUUUGUGAGGAUAAGGUCGAGUAGAUUUUUUUUCUCCUGUUGUUGGUUUCCUCAUUACCUACCACUGCUGACCUAGUAUACAGGAAUCUCCUUUAGAGCUCAGCCAAACUGGUCACUCGUGGCUUUACCAAGCCACCCUUGGUGAUAAACAUAGAAGUUCCUCACACACAAUGGGGAUGCAAUGCCUUCGUAGUUGUAUCAUUAGACUAUUAAUCUGGAGACCCAGGUAAUGUUCUGGGACCCAGUUCAAAUCCUGCCAUGGCGUGGAAUUUGAAUCCGAUAAAAAUCUGGAAUUAAAAAUGUAAUGAUGACCAUGAAACCAUUGUUUAUUGUCAGGAAAAAAAACACCUGGCUCACUGAUGUCCCUUUGGUAAGGAAAUUGCCAUCCUUGCCUAGUCUGGUCUAGACAUACAACUAUGUGGUUGACUUUCAACUGCCCUUUGGGCAAUUAGAGGUUGGCAAUGAAUGAUAGCCUCGCCAGCAAUUGCCCACUUCCUGUGAAUGAAUUAAAAAAAAAGGUACGACCUAUUAACCUUGCCAUUCUAUGCUGCUUCUAACUAUUGUGAAGUUGUGAGACUUCGUAGGAUCCCAAAUCACAGCUGAGAACUCCUAGGGAAACUCUCCCAACUGUGUGCCGCUGUAUUGCCAAAUCUGUUGCCUCAGCCGGAUGGCAAGACAAGAAAUAUCCAGGGAUUGUGAUGGUGGUGUGUGGGACUUUGUCUGUGUUAUCCUUCCGUGAGAACAACUAUAUCCAGCUGUUCCUUGACUACUGUGUGGGACAGCUCCUUCCCCUUUGGCACAAGCCCUAGAUGUCAGAAUAGGACAUUGCAGUGGCUGUGUCUGUCACUGCCAUUUUUGGUGCCAAGGUUCAUGCUGUCUGGCCCAGUCAGUUUCAUUCCAUUUUGACUUUUUACAACUGAGUGGCCUGCUAGGCCUCUGAGGCAUUGAAGAGGUAGCCAUUUGGGUUUGGAGUCAUGGUUAUGCAGAGCAGUUAAGGAUAGCAGAUUUCCUUCCCUGCCAGAAAGAUUUUCACAACCGUCAUCAAUGGUUUCAUGCUCUGGAGUGGUGAAACUAGCUUUUAAUGCCAGAUUUAUUAUUAAUUGAAAUUAAAUUCAUCUGUGAUGAUGGGAUUUGUACCCAUGUCCCCAGAGAAUUAGCACUAGGUUACUCGCGCAGUGACACUAACAUUAUGCACUGCUUCCCCAAAGCAUGUUGAACAAUUUACAAUGUUGUUAAGAAUUAAAGUAAUCAAUUUAGGAUUUUCUUUCAAGUCAAAUAGUAUGUGGAUGGUUACAAAGUGUCCAAAACAAAGUCACCUGAAUGUGGUUUGAAUAGUGACUAUGAAACCAUCACCUCAUACUAAUAGCAGAAUACCAGAAUCAGUAGAAGUACAGUUCUGAAAUUUGAUGUGAGAAAACCGAAAAUUAUCAUCUGCUUUAAACAAGCCUGGAAAAGAAUAUGUUAAAUUUAACCAAUUUGAAUGUCUUUUAAUUAUUCAGUACGUGUAAGGAUUUAUAUAAGCUCAUAUUGAAUGUUUUAGUGAGGUUUUAUUUCUGUACUGGAGUUGAUUAUGUAUUG